AUGGAUAAUUCCUAUAAACCACUUCCAGUUAGAAAUAAUAAGAAUUCAGGUGAAAUUCAAAAACCAAUCAAGUUGGUAGCGUGUGGAGCUUAUUUUGUUGUAAUUGUAACAAUUGAUGAUGAAAUUUAUGCAUGUGGUGAAAAUUCUUAUGGGCAAUUGACUAUUCCAUCGAGCACUUGUCCAUAUUCAUCAUUAAUGACUCGGAUUGAGAUUCCUGUGGAAUGCCCAAAGGCAUUGAAAAUUAUGAAUGUUAAAUGUGGACAUUCAUUCACUUAUUUCAUUUGUGAAUAUAUGGGAGAUAAUGUUUUAUUCGCUUGUGGAAGAAAUUAUGAUUGUCAAUUGUCUCUUCCUCAAAAUAUUUCAGUUCCGAGACCUACAAUGGUAACCUCAAAAGAAAUUUUAAAUAAGAAGAUUAGACUUUUUGAAUGUGGACAUUCAUUUGCAAUUUGUGUUACCUCAGAAAAUCAAAUAUUUGCUGUUGGAGAAAAUAGAUUUCAACAAUGUGGACGUCCAAUUGCAAUGCCAGAAUUUACUCAUGUUGAUUUAACUUCUGUUAUUGGAAAGGGAGAAAUUACUCAUUUAGCAUGUGGAUAUUUUCACACAACAUUGGCUGUUGAUGAAAAGAAGGUUUAUGCUUUUGGAAUGAAUAGAAAUGGUCAAUUUGGUAAUAAUCUAGAAUCAGAGCGUGCUCAUAGUUGCACAUUGAUAUUCGAAAGUCCACCAGGUCAGAAAAUUGCAAAAUUGGCAAGUGGUGCCAGAUUUAUCACUAUUGUAACAUCAGGAGGUGAAAUUUACACUGCUGGAAAUGUACCACAAGGAUUCCAAAGAAUGGUUGAAAUUGAGAAAUUCAUCAAUGAAAGAUCUAGUGUAGCCAGUAUCACUCAUCUCACUUGUGGAGAGUCUCAUACAAUUCUUGUUUGUGAAAAAAAGAGAGUAUUUGUUUCAGGAUCUAAUAGAUUUGGCCAAUUAGGUAUAUCUGGACAAAUUACCAACACAACAGUUUCUGAAUUGGAUUUAGAUCAAUCCUAUAUUCGUCUCACUAAUGAAAAUCACAUUCAACACAUUGAUUGUGGCGAUUACUUUACAUUCUUCUGCCUUAGUUACAAGUCUUUUGGUUUGAUGAUGCACAAGAUCUUGUUGAGAGAAGAUAAACCACUUUCGGAUGUUACUUUUUGUUUUUAAAUAAAUUACUCUUAAUUAAU